AUGAAGAUAUCAAGCAACUAUGUUAGUCUCUCCGAUUCCGACAAUGGUCCGCUGGGUACCCGCAAGGACGAGGUCCUUCCGGCCCACGUUCUUGUUGGAAGCUCGUUGGAGCAUGUCGGGUCGGAGGAGCUGGGCUGGGCCGAUAGCAACGAUGCCCGUACCAGCCGGACUGGCCGGGUUCUCAAAGCACCAGCCGCAUUUAUUCCCGCGGCAACGGUAACCAGCGCUGCCACUGGAAAGCGCAAAGGCCCUUCUCGGAAGAAGGAGGCAAAUGUCGUCUGUGCCCUUUGCGGCCGGGGGCACAGCCCUGAGACCAACACCAUCGUGUUCUGCGACGGAUGCAACGAGACAUGGCAUCAGAAAUGCCAUGAUCCACCAAUCCCCGAUGAAGUGAUCCAGAUCGCAGAUAUGGAAUGGCUGUGUCGCAAUUGCGGCAAGCCUAUGCCUAUGUCGCGCCAGUCGAAUGUCGAUGUCCGGCAAGACAGGACGACCAGGAUCAUCCACCCUCGCCUGCAACCAGCACCCCGGCUCGAGGUCGGUGGUGAUCGAUUCUCACCAGAUGAGAGACGUGCGUACCUCUCAAAUCUCUCACACGCUCAUCUUGUUGAGCUUCUGGUCAACAUCUCGAACCUGAACCCAUCUGUAUCCAUGUUCCCGGCCAACAUGAGGGAUAAGCCGGCUUCAAAAUUCAACAUUCAACAAGCUCCACGCCCAAAGACUCUGGAAACCGAGUCUUCCUUCUCUUCGCAGCCCCUAAAGAAGAGAUCACGCACGUCAUCUGAGGAUCUGUCCGAAGUCGGCCCCAACCCCAUCGUUCGCAAGAGAUCGCGAACCAACUCUACAUCCAAUGCUCCUCUGGCAUCCACCACUUCUUCCCCCUCAAACCGAUCCCGAGAGCGGUCAGCUACCUCGUUUGCAUCCCGACAGACGACUCCAGAUGAGUCGGAGCCGGAGACAGAGGGAGACAGCGAGAUCGAUGAUCACCGACUCUAUCCGCGAGCCGGAAAUGGCUUCUCGGCCUCUCUCGACCCAGCAGACCUUAAUGUUCUGCAUGAGAGCCCGGAAUCUAAAACAUUCAGCCACAGCCUGCAUGGCCCCGCCAGGGCUGAAGCUCCUGCUGGGAUCUGGGGAGAGUGUCCCAGGGGCAUACCCAACCGGAGGUACCUAUGA